CAUGAGCAGGUUGAUUUCGAUUAUGAUUUUAAGUUCGAUUUAAGUCUUUUUCUUCGCUCCGCCUAUCCUUGUACUUGAAAAAACGUCGUGUGUUCUUCCAUUUCUCCACCAUCACUCAGAAUCUCAAUUUCUGAACAUCCAAAUGACUGCCCAGGAUUUCUUGAAAACCCUAAAAACAGCUAAAAGAUCAAUUCCUUCUGCCAUUUAUUCUUCCUUUGAAUAUGAACAAACCCCCAUUAAAACCCUAAUUAACUCAGCUACACUCUCAUCUCCAACCUUAUAUGAUUCUACCCACAAUACCAUUUCUUCUUUCCUUUCUUCCCUUUCCUCUCAUCAAUUCAACUCCUUUAUCUCUGACCCAAAGGUUAAAACUUUUGAUUGUUUGAGAAUCUUCAAUAUUGUCCUUCACAAUCAGUCAAAAUUAUCAUUCAAGCCUGAUAUUCAUGCCCAUUUUACUGUACUUUGCAGGCUGAUAAAAUCCAAGAUGUUCUCUGAUGCUGAAAUUCUGUUGGAAAAACUCAUUCUUGGUCCAAAUUACAGGUACCCCUUUGCUGAUUUCAUAUCUUGGGUUGAAAAUUAUUGCAAGGAAUCCAAAAUUAUUACAAAGUUGUUGAAUAUGUUGUUGAAGAUGUAUUCUGAUCAUGAAAUGUUUGAUAUGGCUAUUUCUAGUUUUGAAUAUAUGGUUCAAAAUGAAAUUGAGAGGGAUGAGAGGACUUGUUCUGUUCAUUUAUAUGCUUUAAUUAAGAAUGAUAAGGUCGAUUUAGCUUUCGAGUUUUUUCGUCGAAUGGUGGAUACUGCCAUGGAUGUUUCUGUGUUUUCAUUGACAAUUGUUGUACGUGGGUUCUGUCAAAUUGGGGAAUUGAAGAUAGCAAGAGAAUUGGUGGAGGAGAUGAUCAAGAAAGGGGUUAGUCCUAAUGUUAUUACUUUCAAUACUUUAGUGGAUGCUUGUUUAAGAAGGUGGGAAUUUGUGGAAUUGGAUUUAGUGUUGUGUUUGAUGGAGAAAGAAGGAAUUGAAUUUAAUGAUGCUACUUAUAAGCUUUUAAUUGAGGGUUAUUCAAGUUGUGAUAAGAUUGAUGCAGCAAAGAGAUUGCUUUUGGAGAUGCAAGGUAGAGGUUUUGAGGUAGAUACACAUGUGUAUUAUAUAGUCAUUCGAGGGUGUUGUCGGUUGGGCUUUACGAGCAUUGGGUUGUCAUUGCUUAGGAAAAUGCAAGAAAAUGACAUUGAUCCUUGUGAUGGUAUAUAUCAGUGUUUGAUCCAUGGUAUGUGCAAGGAUGGAGAGAUGGGUAUGUUAAAGGAGUUGGUUGUUGAAUUGCUAAACAAGGGAAGUGAGGUGAAUAAAAUUGUGCUUGAUGCUUUAGUAGAUGGAUGUGAAAAGGCCGGGAUGAUGGAAGAGUUUGAGGAUUUGAAGUGUAUAUUGAGAAUGAAUUGCUAUCCCUACCUAGACUUUUGUCCGAACUCUUUUGACACCGAGCUCCUAUCAAUAACAACGAAGAGAAAAAUCGUAUGAUUGUAAGGAGCUCGGCUUGACAUGGAAAACGAGAAUAGGAUGGAUGUGCAUAAUGAUAGGAUAAGCUCCUGGGUACGAUCCUCGUUGACCCCUUCCGCUAGCCUUCCCCUUCCCUCAGUCUACCUGUAUUUUAGGUAAAAAGAGUAUCAAAAGUAGUUGAAUGUGUUUUGAGCUCUUUUAGAAGCACCUUUUGAGGGGUUGUAUGAGUAUAUCCCAUGAUAUGAUAGAUGUUGAGCUGAGAGUUCCUGGAUAAUCGCGGGCUAUACAUACAAAGUAAGUUAACACUUACAAUUUGACCCAUCUUCAACAAAUUGAUGUAGAUAGAUGGGAACCGGAAGUAAAUUGGCUGUUCAGCAAAAACAAAUGUGCAUCGGAGCUAUUUUUCCAUUUCUAUCCUGUAAAUUUGAUCUGCUUGAGGUGUGUUUCGUGUUCAAAAACCGUGGGAAUGGAUUAAUCAUAUGCCCGUCAAUGCUUUUGUGACCAUUCCUUGCCGUCUAAUAGACGAUCGAUGACUAAUUUCUGAAGUGAUAGUACAAUUGAGUGUUCCUAACAUAGUGAUGUUGUGAACAUUGCUAAAUUGCAUACCAAAGAUUCAAUGUUUUGAUGAACUCUAAAUUCAAAAUGUGACGGUUCGUUUCAUU